CGGGCGGGCGGCGUUGAAUUGUUGAUGCUGUCAGUGUCACUUUACAAUAAAAUAAAUAAAGUGGGAAAAAGCUGUAUUUAUUUUGAUUAUUAGCUGUUAUUUUCAGUUUAAUUUAAUCAACACAUUACAAAUGAAGCUGCUAAAGCCCAGUUGGGUGAAUCAUGAUGAUAAACCGAUAUUUUCGGUGGAUAUACAUCCUACGGGGAAGCGAUUUGCGACUGGAGGUCAAGGCGGGGACUCCGGAAGGGUCGUGGUAUGGAACCUGAACCCAGUUCUCUUUGAAGCAGUGGAGGUGGACCCCAAUGUCCCUAAGAUGCUUUGUCAGAUGGACAAUCAUUUAGCUUGCGUAAAUUGUGUCCGUUGGAGUAACGGAGGCAAGUACCUGGCAUCGGGCGGAGAUGAUAGACUGGUGAUGGUUUGGGGACUCAGUGUGGCUGCUAAUGCCACUCCGGGCAAACAUAAGGCUGAGACUUGGCGGUGCUUGGCUACGUUGAGAGGCCAUGCAGGUGAUGUUCUGGACCUGGCGUGGUCACCGCUAGACAAAUGGCUUGCCAGCUGUAGUGUGGACAACUCCAUCAUCAUUUGGAAUGCAGAGAAGUUCCCUGAAAUGGUGUGUGUGCUAAACGGACACAGUGGAUUGGUGAAAGGUGUUGCUUGGGAUCCGGUGGGCAAAUACCUAGCUUCUCAAUCUGACGACAAGUCACUGAGGGUGUGGAAGACUGCUGACUGGGCGCAAGAGAUUGUAAUCACUGAACCAUUUGAGGAGUGUGGAGGCACGACGCACGUGCUGCGCCUGUCGUGGUCCCCGGACGGGCAGUACGUCCUGUCGGCGCACGCCAUGAACGGCGGCGGGCCCACGGCGCAGGUGGUGGAGCGGGACGGAUGGCGCUGCGACAAGGACUUCGUCGGACAUCGGAAGGCUGUCACUUGUGCUCGUUUCAACAGUAACAUAUUCGUGAAGGAAGGCAAGAAGUGUUGCUGCGCGGCGGUGGGGUCCCGGGACCGCGCGCUCAGUAUCUGGCUGACGUCGCUCAAGCGACCGCUUGUCGUCGUGCACGACUUGUUCAGCGACAGCGUGCUGGAUCUGUCUUGGAGCUCCGAUGGUCUGAACCUGUUGGCGUGUAGUUCUGACGGGACGGUCGCCUGCAUACAGUUCACUAACAAGGAGAUUGGCACUCCACUCACCAUCGAAGAAAAGAACGCUUUCUACGAGAAGAUAUAUGGCAAAUGUCUAGCCAACGAGUCGGGCGGCGACUUGUCGGCCAACUUGUUGGUCGAGUGCCCUGAGAUCCUGCUCGCCAGGGAGAAACAGGAGGCUAAGAAAGAAGCUGCUAAAGAAGAUUCCAUGCCUAAGAAUGAUAAGUCACAAGUGCCUAAAAGCCUGCUAAGUCCGUCUACAGUGUCUACCGUCUCAUCUUCAACCCCGCUGCGUCCCAUGGACCGGCAGAUUGAGACUCGUACGUCGGACGGCAAGCGGCGGAUCACACCGGUCUUCAUACCGCUCACACAGGCCGAUGCCAAUGAAUCUCUAGGCUCCCAGCCGGGCGGUACGGAGAACUGCUUCAGCACAUCCUCACAGAGCAAGUCGCGGAUCAAGGUGGAGGUCAGGGACGACAUCGUCAUACAUCCCAACGUCAGCAACCACGCUAUCUCUACACAGAAUAACUCCAGGACUAGCGAUAAUGGCCUAGACCAGCGCCUCCGCAAGCGUGGCGCGGCGUCCCUGCCGGGCCCCCGCACGGACGAGCUGGGCUCCAAGCGAGCGUGCGUGGCCCCCGCCCCCGCCACAUUGGCCCCGGUCCCCGCGGGGGGCCCGGCCCUGGCCCCGCCCGCGCUGGGCACCGCGGGGCCUAUUGUACGCACUGCUGGGGCACUCAGGCUGCAGGUGGUGAACAAGGCAUGCAACACCCAAUACGGCGCGCUUUCCCGGCUACAGUUACUGCCCAAUAAUUCCGCUUCCAGCGACCCUGUGUGGGAAACAUAUUUAGGGUCCCCGGUGUCGUGUAUAGCGUGCGACGUGCGCUGGGCGUGCGUGGCGUGCGCCGACGGCACGCUGCACGCCUGGACGCUGCAACCACACGGACCCGGACACACGCCCGGGCACGCGCACACGCCGCGCCGCGCGCUGCCGCCCAUCGCCCUAAUGUCGCAGGCAGCUAAGCUGACGUUAUCGGGCGACAUCCUAGCAGUGGUGACUACAUCGGCCGAGCUCGCCAUGUGGAACCUCAGCACCGCCACCUGCGUCAUACGACCGCUGUGCUUCCGGUCACUGCUCGCCCAGGGAGUGACUGUGACCAACUGCUUCCUACUGGACGAUGGCAACCCCCACCUGUCGCUCAGUAACGGCAAGAGCUACAUCUACAGCAAGGAACUUUGUGCUUGGGUGGUAUGGUCUGACGCCAGUGACCCAGUGUGGCGGUGUAGCGGCGCGGGCCAGUCCCGCGGGGCGCGCGCCCCGCUGCACGCCGUGCCGCGCCCCCACAGGACUACACACAACGCCUUCGCUAACAGUUACAGCGCGGUGGCGGCCCGCAGUUGGCUGGAGGCGCAGGUGUCGUGCUGCGUGUCGCUGCGACUGGCGCGGGACUACCGCCACUGGGUCACUGCGCUCUUCACGCACCUCGUCAACCAUGGCACAGAAGAUCAGCUACGCUCAAUAUUGGAUGACAUGCUGGGACCGAGCCACUUGACAUCUACACCCAAGAAAUGGCAGUCCACGAUAUUGGGUAUAAAGAAACACGACCUUCUAGAAGAGUUCCUCGCGCUGCUGGUCCGUCAGCUGCGCUGGCAGAGGAUGUACGCCGAGUACAACGACCAGCUCGCGGAGAUCAAGAGCAUGGCCACCGUCGUCAACGGACACUAGCUGGUCAAGGAGCGAGACAAGUGUAUGUAGCUUAUAAUGUGUUAGAGUGAGAGCAACGAUCUCGAGUGGUGGAGAAUAUUAGUUGUAUAAUGUGUUUUUAUGGAAUGGAAUUUGCAAAAUU